AGGCAACCUGCAGCAACCAGGGUCCAGCUAUACUUGCUGUCUCGCCCAUCUUGUCUCUGGCAAUGCCUAUGGAUUUUCCAGGUCCAAGAUGGAAGAAGGGCAAAGAGAGCAAGGACUUUGCAUCCUUAGCAGCAGCUAAUCCCAUGUCAACCAUUGUUUCUGAGCUCAAGGCUUCAUUCAUAAGCUCAAAGCCUGUGGCAAUUUUAUCAGGUCCAGAUGGCAGCUCAAUUCUUGGAGUUGAACCAGAGCAAGCUAUGAUCAUAAACCGUGCUGCCUUUGGGCACGCCAUCGAAAAUACAGAAGCACAGAAGAGUUGGUUCCAACUCAGCCCUGAGGAGGUCUUUUACCUAUACCAUUCUCUGAAUUGCAUCAGGGUUGAGUCACAGGACAAGAUGCAAAUGAGUGAAGUGGAACUGUGGGAUCACUUUAGGUCUGGAUCGGAGUCAUUUCCGGAGAUGUACAAGGCUUACUCACAUCUGAGAUCGAAGAACUGGGUGGUAAGAUCAGGGUUGCAGUAUGGCGCAGAUUUUGUAGCUUACCGUCACCAUCCAGCGCUUGUCCACUCUGAAUUCACGGUGGUCGUACUUCCAGAAGGUGCAGAGUUUGGCAGUAGGUGUGGCCGUCUGCAGGUGUGGUCUGAUCUACUAUGCGCGCUCCGGGCUUCUGGCAGUGUGGCCAAGACAUUACUGGUUCUGACCAUCAGCAGCAGCAGUAGUUGUGAACUGAGCUCCCCAGAGUGUUUGGAACAGCUUCUUGUUCAUGAGAGAACAAUCACAAGAUGGAUACCACAGCAGUGCCGUGAACAACGAUGUGAACCAAGCAGAGAUGAAGCAAAUAGGAAAGUACUGAUAAGCAAAAAAGAUGAAGCGAGUAUGGAAGAACUGAUAAGCAAAAAGGGAAGUGUAGUAUUCAACCACUGGGCAGUGAUAUUAGGCUUCACUGUUCUAUCUAGCUUGGUUGCAUACAAGCUUAAAUUCAGACAAUGAAGCUUAACAUUUCUGUGCACCUGUAUUGCUGUGAUAUGAUUUUUUGUCCAGUUGCAAUAUGAAACUCUUUCACUAGAUUGGCACUCUUGGUACUCUCAGGGACUACACAGCUUCGAAAAGAAAUCCAGGAAGGGCCUGAUAAUGUAGUCAUUAACAUGACUCAUAACCAUGUGUUAAUUUCAAUGCCCUUUUGGACAGAGUUUACAACGAGUUCAGUUAUCUCAAUGGCUCCAAUGAGCCACAAGUUGAACAGGGUGGAUGCAUUUGCACCUCUGUGAUGUUCCUGUGUUCCAAGGUCAUGACAAACUGUGCUGAUAUAAUUACUUCUUCUGAGAUAAUUUGGCGAUCUUGCCAUAUGCAUAUAGAAUAAACAGGACCCAGAACUGUUAAUUGCUCCAAGGAUUUUGGGCCCUUAAACAUGACAUUGUUCUUUUGUAUAUUUGAGCUAUAUGUACUCUGAAGAUGAGAUGGACAUUCUGUCGAAACAAAAGAUGAGAUGGACAUUUGUGUUUACCCUCCUGAUUUAACACGCUGUACUAUGGAUUGAGUUUUUGCAA